CUAGUGUGACGCAACUCAUGCAUCUGCUACAGUGAGCCAUGGCCCAGCCACAGAGUGUUACCAUGUGGCAUUGUUGGAUGCACUUCAUCUUGGCCUGGAUAUCAAUGGCAACCCCAACGCUCUGCCAAAGCGGAGAUUGGGGUUCAGGCUUUGACAUCUACUCUGAAACAGUGGCCACCAAUGACACGUCGCAGGCAGUUGGUGAUGAGCCUGUGAGGAUGAGAAACAACCAAGACUGGAUCACAUCAGCAGCUUCCUCUCCAUCACCCUCACCUACACUGCUGUAUGAGCCUCAACCGGACAAGUGCUUUGUCCACUUCAGCACUAACGCUGCUUCAGCUCGAAGGCUGAAGGCCCAGAAAGAGGAGCUGGCCUACCUGCAGGCCAUCCAGCAUGGAAACAAGGCAGUGAUGGAGAGCUUGGAGCAGUUUGUGGGGGCAGAGCUGGGAGAUCUGAGCUAUGAGGAUGUGAUUAAGGAAAAUAUCCUUGGCAUCCACGAGGACCAGAAGAAUUGCCACGAGGUGGUAGAGAAAGCUGAAGAAGAUCUAGAAAAGCAGCUGGAGGGGGAAGUGUCGGGAGUCAUCGCUGGGAUGCAGAAAAUCAGACAAGAGUCCUUGGCCUUUGAAGACAUGCUCCGUACUGCAGCGGACAUCGCCAACAGGCUAGAGAUCUCAUCGCAGGUUCUGCACGCUUCAUUCACCAAGCAGCUGAAAGACAUUGCCAAAAUUCACCGCUAA